AUGCACAGGUGCCGAGCCCUGACGUCGCUAGCGUUUUUGGGGGCGGCCGAAUUGCCCGAUGAAGACAAAUGGACACUAAAAACGAGCUGUCAUCGACGAGAAUCAGGCUACCGAUGCAGAUGCACUCAAGUGCCGUGGCGAGAAAUAGUGGUUGACAGCGGUGAUGCAGAAGAGGCGACAAAGCAGAGAUUUAAGUUCAAUGAUCAACAUUUAUUCACAGUACAGAGGCAUUUGAAAGGACCACCAAAGGUACUCUUCAAAGAUGGGCGACCGACCCCGAUAUCCGACACCAGCCGCCACGAACCUCGACUGCAUCUCAAACGGGCCGUUCAAGAAAAACACCGACGAUCGGUCGGCGUUCGAUUCCUCCGUCCGUCGGACGCAGUCCAAAAUCGGUAG